CGUAGCUUUCGCAGUGAAUGGUGUCACCGGCGGCGUGGAAAUCAAGGCGCACUCGGGCUGCACUGGAUACCGGCGGUACUGGGUUUAAAUAGGAACAUUCACCAGAAAAAUUUGGGAUUAUUUUCACUCGAAAGAAAGACUGUUUUUUACCCUGGAGGAUUUCUUCCUACGUGUUUUUUCCCCUCUCUGACACUGCAAUGGCAGUCAUCAUGCCGCUGAACGUGGCCAGCAAGAACUACGAUUACGAGUAUGACUCGUACCAGCCCUACUUCUACUACGACAACGAGGAUGAGGACUUCUACACGCAGCAGCAGCAGCACGGCCAGCCGCCGGCUCCCAGCGAAGACAUCUGGAAGAAGUUCGAGCUCCUGCCCACGCCUCCUCUGUCCCCGAGCCGGCGCUCGUCCUUCUCCAGCUCGUUCCCGUCCACCGCCGACCAGCUCGAGAUGGUCACGGAGUUCCUCGGCGACGACGCGGUCAACCAGAGUUUCAUCUGCGACUCGGACUCUUCGCAGUCGCUCCUCAAGUCGAUCGUCAUCCAGGACUGCAUGUGGAGCGGCUUCUCCGCAGCGGCCAAGCUAGAGAAGGUGGUGUCCGAGCGCCUCGCGUCGCUCCGCGCGGCCCGGAAAGCCUCACCGCCCCCGCCCAAAAGCGAGUGCGCCGCAGACACGAAUGCGGCGUGCUACCUGCAGGACGUUCACGUGAACUCUGUCUCUGAGUGUAUCGAUCCCUCCGUGGUGUUUCCCUACCCGCUUACGGAGUGCGUGAAGCUGAAGGAGUGCGAGAGCUCCCUGAUGGACACGCCGCCCAACAGCGGGAGCAGCAGCAGCAGUGACAGCGAGUCCGAUGAGGAAGACGACGACGAGGAGGAUGAGGAUGAUGAUGAGGAGGAGGAAGACGAGGAGAUUGACGUCGUAACGGUGGAGAAAAGGAAAUCUGCCAAGAAGUGCGAGUCGAGCCCAGUGGUGCUGAAGCGGUGCCACGUGACCAGCCAGCAGCACAACUACGCGGCGCAGCCGUGCGCGCGGCCCGAGCAGCCUGCAGUCAAGCGGCUCCGCUUCGACACCGGCGGCGGCGGGGGCGCGCGGGGGCACAGGCCGAGCCGCAAGUGCGCCAGUCCUAAGACGUCGGACUCCGAGGACAACGAUAAACGGCGGACUCACAACGUGCUCGAGCGGCAGCGGCGCAACGAGCUCAAGCUGAGCUUCUUCGCGCUGCGCGACGAGGUACCGGCGGUGGCGAACAACGAGAAGGCGGCCAAGGUGGUGAUCCUGAAAAAGGCCACGGAGUUCAUUGUAGGACUGCAGACCGACGAGCGAAAGCUCCAACACUCCAAGGAGCAGCUCAGGAGGAAGUGCGAGCAAUUAAAAAGGAGACUAGAAAUGCUGAGCAGCUCCUGAGCCGCUCUGGACUAGGACUUUACCUUUUCUUUUCUUUUUUUUUUUUUUUAAAAAGCCCUUAACUAGCUGUUUGACUUGGGAUGGUGCUGCACGGAGAUGAUUUUUAUGGACUCCCUUGUGCGCCUGUCAUGGUUGCAGACUUGAACAUUAGCGCAUUUACACUGCCUCAGUGUCUGCUGAGGUUUGAUUUGUAUUUAAUUUUAUAUUUAGCAAUGGACGGCGGUACCACACACACUGCUGGUCUUAACUUAAUGCUUUUUUUGUUCUUUUGUAAAUUUUUGUACAUACCUCCUCAGAUAUUAAAAUACUGUAUUAAUUUGUCAAUCUUGAAAUGCAUUUCUUUAUAAAUCGCGUUCAACUAAA